AUGGGAAGACCAAGAUUAAUCAUCCUAAUAAGACAUGGAGAAAGUGAAGGAAAUUGUGAUAAAUCAGUAAAUAGAUAUGUACCAAAUCAUAAAGUCAUAUUAACAGAAAGAGGUCAUAAACAAGCACAGUUAGCAGGUGAAAAAUUGAAUUCUAUGAUUACAGAGGAAGAUUCAGUAUUAUUUUAUACAUCACCAUAUAAACGUACAAGACAAACUUUAGAUGGAUUAGUUAAUGGUAUUAAAAAUCGUAAUAUAAGUUAUAAAAUUCAUGAAGAACCAAGAAUGAGAGAACAAGAUUUUGGUAAUUUCCAAAGUAGUGCCGAGGAAAUGGAAAUGAUUUGGCAAGAAAGAGCUCAUUAUGGACAUUUUUUCUAUAGAAUUCCUUAUGGAGAAAGUGCAGCUGAUGUUUAUGAUAGAUGUGCAGGAUUUAAUGAAACUUUAUUUAGACAAUUUAAUAGUGAUAAAUUUCCCUCUGUGCUUGUCCUUGUGACUCAUGGGAUUUGGGCAAGAGUCUUUUUAAUGAAAUGGUAUAGAUGGACUUAUGAAGAAUUUGAAAGUUUAAAAAACGUUGGACAUUGUCAAUUUUUAAUUAUGGAGAAGAAUAUGGAGACUGAACGUUAUAAAUUAUUAACAAAAUUAUCUAAAUGGGAAGAUGAUGAUGCAGAAGAUCAAAAAGAUUAUAGAAAAGAAAUGAAGAAUGAAGUUUUGAAAAAUUCAAAUAGUUAUACAGAUAUGACUUUCCAAAAUUCAGAUUUAAAUAAAGAAACUCAACAAGCUCAACGAGAAAAAGAGAGAAAAUUAAAAGAAUUGUUUAUGAGACCUGCAAAAUAA